GCCGGCGAACUUGUCCGGAAACCAUUGGGUCUAUCUACUAGGCUCUCUUUCUCUCUUUCUCUCUUAAGUUAAAACCCUCGAUCACUCUCUUGACUCUGAACUCUUAUUACUUUUUAGCCCCUUCCAAUGGAAGAUCCGCAUAGGCCAGUUACAGGCUAUCCUGCACCAGGAUACCCCCAGCCGCACUCCACCGCCACUGCCUACCCCUACAAUGCUCCGCCGCCCCCUUACUACAACCCCAAUGCAGCCCACCCCUACCACGCGCCCCUUUACUCUUCCCCACGCGCCACCUUCCUCCGUCGUUUCCUGGCCGCCAUGAUCGCCUUCUUCAUUAUCGUGGGCACCAUCAUCUUCAUCGUCUGGCUCGUCCUCCGCCCUCGCCUCCCGUUCUUCAGCGUCGCCUCCGCCUCCCUCUCCUCCUUCAACAUCUCCGCCUCCCAGCUCUCUGGCGAAUGGAACAUCACCUUUGACGUCCGAAACCCUAACAAGAAGAUUAGCAUCUCAUACGACCGCAUCGAAUCCUCUAUUGCCUACAAAUCGGCCACGUUGUCCCAAACCACCAUCGCACCCUUCUAUCAGGGCACCAAGAAUGAGACCACCGUGAGAGCAACUUUCGCAACUAUCGGAGCUUAUGUAGAUGUGGUAGCAAUAAAUGCGGAAAGGACGACAGGGUCUGUGAGCUUCACAGUGAAGGUGUUCGCUAGGGUUAGCUUCAAGUCAGGGGUGUGGAAGGCGAGGUCACGAUUUUUGAGUGCACUGUGCAAUAACAUUGCGUUGGGGUUGCCUUCAAAUGCCAGUAGAGGAUCUUUGGUGGGAGGUUCAAGGGAAUGCAGGGUUGGUUUGGCUUAGUAUUGUUGAUCAACACUGAAAUGGGGAAGAAUGUUAUAUUGGAACCUAAGAUGCAGCCAGGAGCGUUUCACUAUUGAUGACAGAUACGAAUGGUUCAUUAUGUAACCUACCAAAACUACUCACAUAACUGGAGCCUGUGAUUUCUCUUCUUCCCCUCUAGUGAAAUCUGUUGUCGAUGGAUGAGUUUAUAUAAUGAAGAUAAGUGUAGAAUCUAAUGAUAUGGUGUGAACCUAGGAGCACAAGACAAGAUUUGAGUGUAAAAGAGCAAACAGGUGUAGAAGGGGGAAUCCAUUGUACUUAAGAGGUCCAAUGGUUUGGACUACUUUAGAAUCAUGUGUUUGAUAUGGCACACAUAAUUUGAGCACCAAGUGUGGUGAAGCAUUUGUAAACAUCUUCUAUGGAACAUAUAUUUUAUUGACAAGCAAAAUAUUUUGAAUGUAUUUAAAAAUGAAGGUGGCAAUGUGGCACUUGGCUAAA